CACCCGGCCCGGCGGGGUAGAAGUGCCUGGAAAGUUUGUUUUCGGCUCGGCGCAGCCUGGAGCCGAGCCUCCAGGGUUACCUUUCGGUUCUGUCUGUAGAGGAACCGCCCAGGGCUUCCACCUGGAACGGGGUCCUUGGCGCCUCCGCCUGCGAGAGAAGCAGAAAGUGCAAGUUCUUGCUCAAAGCACCUGGUGCUCCUGGGUCCCCGUUUCCAGAUUCUUGAUGACAGUGGUCGGGAAAACUCGCCUUUCACGGCCCGGCCAAGGGGCAUUUGGGUGCUUUUCCUGCCCGUGGCUGUGCUCAGCGUUGUGGGAAGCCCCUGGGAGGCCGAAUGUGCAGGAUCACCGAGGGGAAAGUGAGCUUGACAGUCCCCCAGUAUGGUGCCGUACCCAUCCAGUCCAGAGUGGUGUUAUGUUCCUGCCCAUCCCCAUCAAUGGUGAGGACCCAGACUGAGUCCAGCACAGCCCCUGGCAUUCCUGGUGGCAGCAGGCAGGGCCCCGCCAUGGACGGCACCGCAUCCGAGCCUCGGCCUGGCACCGGCUCCCUGGAGCAACCGCCGCCGCAGCCUCGGAAGAAGCGGCCUGAGGACUUCAAGUUUGGGAAAAUUCUUGGGGAAGGCUCUUUUUCCACGGUUGUCCUGGCUCGAGAACUGGCAACCUCCAGAGAAUACGCGAUUAAAAUUCUGGAGAAGCGACAUAUCAUAAAAGAGAACAAGGUCCCGUAUGUAACCAGAGAGCGGGAUGUCAUGUCGCGCCUGGAUCACCCCUUCUUUGUUAAGCUUUACUUCACAUUUCAGGACGACGAGAAGCUGUAUUUCGGCCUUAGUUAUGCCAAAAAUGGAGAACUACUUAAAUAUAUUCGCAAAAUCGGUUCAUUCGAUGAGACCUGUACCCGAUUUUACACGGCUGAGAUUGUGUCUGCUUUAGAGUACUUGCACGGCAAGGGCAUCAUUCACAGGGACCUUAAACCGGAAAACAUUUUGUUAAAUGAAGAUAUGCACAUCCAGAUCACAGAUUUUGGAACAGCAAAAGUCUUAUCCCCAGAGAGCAAACAAGCCAGGGCCAACUCAUUCGUGGGAACAGCGCAGUACGUUUCUCCAGAGCUGCUCACGGAGAAGUCCGCCUGUAAGAGUUCAGACCUUUGGGCUCUUGGAUGCAUAAUAUACCAGCUUGUGGCAGGACUCCCACCAUUCCGAGCUGGAAACGAGUAUCUUAUAUUUCAGAAGAUCAUUAAAUUGGAAUAUGACUUUCCAGAAAAAUUCUUCCCUAAGGCAAGAGACCUCGUGGAGAAACUUUUGGUUUUAGACGCCACAAAGCGGUUAGGCUGUGAGGAAAUGGAAGGGUACGGACCUCUUAAAGCACACCCGUUCUUCGAGUCCGUCACGUGGGAGAACCUGCACCAGCAGACGCCUCCGAAGCUCACCGCUUACCUGCCGGCCAUGUCGGAAGACGACGAGGACUGCUAUGGCAAUGUAAGCUGGCCGGGAUGGCGGGCGAGGCGGGUGGCACUGGGUCCUCCGUGCACUGGGCUUCAUGCCCGUGCGCCAGACCCACGUGUGAUUUGUAGCCGAAAGGGGAGGGUGUCUGUGCCACUGCGGCAGGCCUGCUGGUGGUUGUAGUCUUUGCUGCCGCGAGGCAGUGGCGGGUGAUGUGCUGGGUGGGUCGUUUUUUCCUCAUUUCCGUGGCCGUGGACAGGCUAGUGAGUUUCCACCCAGAGGGUGCUGCUAGAACCGGACACCGAGCACCCCCGGCACUGGCCCCGGGGUCCUACGUACGGGGCCUCCUGCCCAGGCCUGUCGCAUCUGCGCUUGGCUUGGUGCUUGUACAACUGUGCGUCCAAGAUGCUCCAGAACACUGCCUGUCUUUCCACAGAAA